AUGUACGCACCUCUUAAUUCUCGUGAGCCCCGAAAUGCAAAGAAAAAAGCUAUGGAAAAAGCCAUUUGGAUGCCUGAAAAGUCGGCAAGAAAAGUUCUUCAACAGACUCAAGCACCUCCCAACCCACCGGCGAGUAGGCCACCCACCAAACCACCCACCAAACCAUCUACCAAACCACCCACCAAACCAUCUACCAAACCACCCACCAAAGCGAAACGACCAGCGCCAAGUGCGGUUGCUCAGAUUGACCAGGAGCGUCAGCGUACCUUUGUGAACGAGGAAUUGGAUGAUGGGUAUGGUUCUAGUGGCCAUGGUAGCGACUCAGAGGACUUGCGACCUGAAAAAAAUCGAGCUGCCCGUCCUAAGAAACUCUGUCGCACUUAUGCGAUGCGCGAUGUGACUGCGAUGUUCGACUCCGACGAAGAUCUUGAGGACAAGCCACCAAAUGGCAUUGAUACUGAUGCCGACUGCGAGGAGAGUGAGGGCGAAGAACCAGAGGCCACUGCCUUGAUGCUCUCAGACGAGAUGCCUUCGCUUGUUCAAUCACGUGGCAACUCCUUGAAGCAAUCCGCCAGAGAGCGAAAGCAAGCCGAGGAGACUCCAAUGUGGCGCGAUGUCAACAACGCUGUCUCAGAGUCAGUUGAAGAAUCCACUACUCGUGGUGACUCCUUGGAACCUCCCUCCAGCGACAUUGAAGUUGUCCAGAAGGUCACCUCUGCAGCUUCUCUCGUUCGAACGGAGAAAGGAAACGUCAAACUACUCGAUCAGAACCUGGAGACUCGGCGAGUAGUCCGGGAUGCCAUUAUUGACGCUAAAGGUCACAUCAUCUUCGUCAAUGCUUACCCUGAGCUCGUCGACAAAAACCAGGUAUCACUCCAGUCUUUGCUAACGGUGGCCGAGAAUCGCGGCAUAAAAGCCAUCAAAAAACGCCUUCAAACAGAUGCUCAGUAUGCUGCUCUCCUUGGUAGCUUGGUCGAGCCCCGGAUCCCAUUAUUGCGGCGUGAUCUGAAAGUCGCUGCAUGUGCGAACAUCGAUAGCUACUUCCGUCUCAGCAACAACAUAGUCAAGGCAAAAAAACUCAUGGAGCAGCACGCAUAUGUAUAUGCCUUGAGGUUUGAUUCCAACGACGAUGCUUUGCCCAUAGGGAAAAAGCCCUACCAGGGUGAACUACUGAUUUUUCUGUUACACGACGGAGUCUUCAAUGGUGCGAAGUCCAUCGGCGUCAGAUUUUCGGCGCGUUUUGUCGAAAUUGCGAGAAACAAGGCCAAACGCUCCGAAGUCCCCAUUCCAUUGCUGGCGCUGGCGGCAACAGCAAUCUACACGGCCCUUUUCUGGAAGACGCUUGGUUCACCGGGAAAGUUUAACUUUACCGGGAAUCAAUUCAGUGAAACUUAUGUUUUCCAUGUCAACUUUCUCGAGGGUUUGAAGAAGGACGCACCUGGAAAGUUUCACUGUAUGAUGGCUGACAUUUUCGAAGCUGUACAGGCUUUGAAACAGAAGGGCAAUGAUCAUCUCGCCAGUGAGCAUCGAAAUGCUCUGUCGCUACUCGACUUGGAUGGCAUGGCCGAUGAUUAGGUUCUGUAGUCACGGUGCUGAUCCAUUCCUGUAUAUUGUGCAUUCAUUAGUGAUUGUACCGAAAUUCCUCAUACCCUCGUCGUCAGC